UCAGAGGGGGUUUCUGGGAUGCAUUCGCUCCCUCAGGAUGAAUGGUGUGACCCUUGACCUUGAAGAGAGGGCCAAGGUAACUCCAGGUGUAAAGCCAGGCUGUCAGGGUCAUUGUACCAGUUAUGGGAUGUACUGCAGGAACGGAGGAAAGUGUGUGGAGAAAUAUAAUGGCUACUCCUGUGACUGCACUGCCACGGCAUACGACGGACCCUUCUGCACCAAAGAUGUGGGGGGCUUCUUUGAGGCGGGCACUCUGGUGAGAUACAACUUCCUGUCAGAGGCAGCGGCAGCCAAUCAGGACGCAAGGUUCCUUGCCCAACCUUUGACUGCACAGGAAGUGAAUCUGACAGGAGAAGCAGUAGCUUUUAGCUUCAGUACGUCCAACACACCAGCUAUACUGCUGUACGUCAGCUCCAAGACACAAGACUACCUGGCUCUGGUGCUACGGCAGAAUGGAACUCUCCAGGUGCGGUAUAACCUGGGCGGUCUCAAGGAGCCGUUCACCAUAGACGUGGACCAGCGUAACCUAGCCAACGGACAGCCACACACUAUCAACAUGUCCAGAAUCAACAGGACUAUCACCAUACAGUUGGACCACUACCCCCCUGUCAGCUACUCUCUCCCAGAGGCAUCAGACACACAGCUCAACCUGGUCAAGACAUUGUUCCUGGGGAAGGUAUUUGAGACCGGAGUGAUAGACCCAGUGCUUAUAGAGCGUUAUAACACUCCAGGGUUCGUAGGCUGUCUGUCACGUGUCCAGUUCAACGGAGUCGCACCCCUGAAGACUGCCCUAAGAAACCCUAUAACAGACAGACCAACAGACAGACAGUCUGUGCCAGUGUCCUACCAGGGUAAACUGGUAGAAUCUAACUGUGGAGCAUCACCUCUCACCAUCCCACCAAUGUCUGCUGUCACCGAUCCUUGGCGCCUGGACUCAGGUGCAGAGUUCCCAUUCAACGAGGAGCGAGUGAUCCCAGAUGGAGUCAACAGGAACUCAGCCAUUAUAGGAGGUAUCAUUGCCGUGGUUAUCUUCACCGUCCUGUGCACGCUGGUGUUCCUGAUUCGCUACAUGUUUCGUCACAAGGGCUCAUACCACACCAAUGAAUCGAAAGGGGCGGAACCAGCCAGUGGCGAAUCAGCAGACACCACCAUCAUCUGCGCCGAAACCAACCCGGAAACCAUAGAGGAAUCAAAGAAAGAGUGGUUCAUCUAACUGCCAAUUGAAAAACAGAUGAGGAUUGGAGAGUGGGAUGUUCAUCUGUUGACCAAUCACAGGAGAGAUGGAUGGAGACGUCUACUGAAUGGAGGAGGGAUUGGGAGUGGGUGAAAGAGGGUGUACAGAAAUCCGAUGAACUGCAGAAGAAAGACGAGACAGUUUAUUGGAAGGUUGCGUUGAGAGUUGAGAGACUAAAUCUGUACAUAGUCUUUCUUUGUAUUGUGUUCAGGAGUUUCCACGAGACCUUUGAAUACAGAAUAGUUAUAUAACAGCAGAUCUGGAUCAAAUACAUUCAAACACUUUAGGUUUUUAGAAGUGCACUUGAUUUAGCUUGGAUUUUGCACCUUUAGGACUAUUCUAUUGUCUCCGAUGUACCAGGCAAACUAAAUCAAGCACAGCUCAAGUAUUUGACCUAUGUAUUUGACCUCUGUAUAAUAAUAAUAAUGGAACAUAUGCUAGCAAAGACUUGUUUGUUUUUUCAACUGAGAUCUGAAAGAUUAUGCCAAAUCAUCUGUUUACAAGUUUGGCAUUUCUGUUGGUCAUGUUUACAUGUCCAUGAUCCAUAUACACUCCAACAGUAUUUCUCAAACCACUCCAAGAGGUGUAACCAGAGAAACAUGGAUGCCAAAAGUCCUGCUGUAAAUAUGUGUUAUUUAUAAAUAUAUUGAAUUUCUUUGUUAAUAUAUGUUUAUUCAGAGACAUUGGUACAAAGACAUUUACACGACAUUUCAGAUCAUAUUUCUAAGCAUAGCACAUAUCCACAAAUGAAAGAAGUUUACUUUAAUUUAAUUAUGACAUUAGAUUGUAUCCACAAGAAGACCUUCUCAUCGAUGGUUGGAGAGGAAUGUCUCAAUGCAUGAUGGGAAAACAUGGCAGAAGCAUAGCUACACACUGCAUGGCAGUUUUCUUUCUGUCCUUCCUCUGAGAACAAGUGAGCUCUUGAACUUUCAGUGUAUUUUCUGUUUCCAAACACUUGUCUUACACUGAAGACGCAAAACAUUAAGAACACCUUCCUAAUAUUGGGUUGUACCACCUUUUGCUCUCAGAACAGCCUAAUUUAGGCAGGGCAUGGACUCUACAAGGUGUCGAAAGCAUUCCACAGGAAUGCUGGCCCAUGUUGACUCUAAUGCUUCCCACAGUUGUGUCAAGUUCGCUGGAUGUCCUUUGGGUGGUGGACCAUUCUUGAUACACACAGCAAACUGUUGAGUGUGAAAAACCCAGCAGCGUUGCAGUUCUUGGCACAUUCAAACUAAAGCGCAUGGCACCUACUAACAUACCCUGUUCAAAGGCACUUAAAUAUUUUGUCUUGCCCAUUCACCCUCUGAAUGGCCCAUACACAAUCCAUGUCUCAAUUGUCUCAAGGCUUAAAAAUCCCUCUUUAACCUGUCUCCUCCCCUUCAUCUACACUGAUUGAAGUGGAUUUUACAAGUGACAUCAAUAAGGGAUCAUAGCUUUCAACUAGAUUCACUGGGUCAGUCUGUCAUGGAAAGAGCAGGUGGUCCUAAUGUUUAAUACACUCAGUGUAGCUUCUCAUGUUUAUUUCACAAAUUUGAUUGAUUGAUCGAUGAGAUCGAUCAUGAUACUUGUAAUGCUGAGAGUUUGUCUCAUUGGAUGUUGAGAGUGCUGUAUUUGUGUGUGUAGAUGGGGUCGGUGGCAUACGGGGGGGGGGGGGGGUGUAGCCUAUGUUCCAUAGGACAAGUCUUUGGGGUCAAGGGUGAAGGGUUGAGGCUUGGUUCUACCGUGUUGAAUGGUUUAACCAACUGUGCCUUCAGGAGGGUGCCUUUUAGCCUUCCUCUUGGUAACACAACACAGCAACACAACACCAUGGUGUCAGAACCAGACCCAUGGUGUUAGAACCAGACCCAUGGUGUUAGAACCAGACCCAUGGUGUUAGAUCCAGACCCAUGGUGUUAGAACCAGACCCAUGGUGUUAGAGCCAGACCCAUGGUGUUAGAGCCAGAUCCAUGUUGUUAGAACCAGACACAUGGUGUUAGAACCAGACCCAUGGUGUUAGAGACAGACCCAUGGUGUUAGAACCAGACCCAUGGUGUUAGAACCAGACCCAUGGUGUUAGAACCAGACCCAUGGUGUUAGAGCCAGACCCAUGGUGUUAGAACCAGACCCAUGGUGUUAGAUCCAGACCCAUGGUGUUAGAGCCAGAUCCAUGGUGUUAGAACCAGACACAUGGUGUUAGAACCAGACCCAUGGUGUUAGAGACAGACCCAUGGUGUUAGAGACAGACCCGUGGUGUUAGUACCAGACCCAUGGUGUUAGAGACAGACCCAUGGUGUUAUAACCAGACCCGUGGUGUUAGUACCAGACCCGUGGUGUUAGUACCAGACCCAUGGUGUUAGAGACAGACCCAUGAUAUUAGAGACAGACCCAUGGUGUUAGAGACAGAACCAUGGUGUUAGAACCAGAACCAUGGUGUUAGACACAGACCCAUGGUGUUAGAACCAGACCCAUGGUGAUAGAGACAGUAAAUUGCAACUUAUUUCCUUUCCUUCUUUUUUUAAACAUGUACAUAUUGUUUAUAUUCAAAUGUAUUUAUCAUAUCUAUCAGGCUUUACAAAUGUUUACUUCAUACUGGCAUUGCCGGUUACAAUGUGAUGUCAUGACUGCCAUUUUUUGUUGCUUGUCGUAAUGGUUCAUUUUUUCUAUACUUUUUAUUUUCUCUAAUGUUUUGUCAAAUUGGCCACCGUGGUUUGUUGUGAAACGUCUGUAUGUCGUCUCAGAAGGUUCCACACUAAGGACACACACACACAGGAAGAUGGAAAUGAAAAGCCCCAAGACAAGGCAAUCAGCAUGUCACCAAUAAACAUGUCUGUUCCUGGGUUUGUUGUCAUGCCACAUCUAGCCACCAGGCUACUGUCAGUCACCUGAGUCCUGCUUUCAGCUCUACAUUUCAAUAAAGACAGUGUUUGCA